AUGGAUAUUCACAGUUUAGCUCAGCAUCAAAGGCAACAACAACUGCUAGUAAAGGGCAAAAGAAGCAAAAAAUCAUCAGAAAACAAAGGGAUGACCAAGAAAUUAUUCAAAAAAGUCGAAGCGAUGAAGGUUGUGUACAUCUCAACCCCUAUGAAAGUUACUACAAGCGCUUCUAAGUUUAGAGCGAUUGUACAAGAGCUUACAGGGCGAGAAUCGGAUGUUGUUAACAUCAUGGAGACCAGUGGUGGAAAUGAUACAUGGAUGGUUAAUGAAGAUCACAUCAUCAACGUAAACACGGCCGAGGUAACGAAGAAUUAUGCUGAUAAUACUAAUGAAAGUACAUCUGUUCCGGUUAUAGUCGAUAAUAUGAAUGGAUCUUCCCCUUCUGUAUGUUCAUCUGAGGAGUUUGAUGGUGUUUUUGUUAAGGGGCAAGAUAGUAAUUUUGGUGUUUUUGAUCAUACUAGUUUUUUGUAUGAUCAGUUUUUUCAUCAAUUAGAUGUACUUGGUGGUUAUUAG